AUGUUCAAACCACCACCACAAAUAAUACACGAAGCUUCCACAUCGACAACUGCAGACGAGCAAACCAUUCCACGCUUAGAAUUGUGCGCUGCUCUUCUAGGAGCCACAUUAAUGAAUAGGGUAAAGGGCGAUUUAAAUCAUAAGACAGAAUCAUAUUACUGGACUGAUUCUGAAAUUGUACUCUACUGGAUUAAUUCUUUGCCAGCAAAACAUCAACAAUUUGUAGCAAACAGGACUGCGGCAAUUCAAGACUUAUCCGCACCAAGUCAGUGGCGACAUGUAAGUUCAAGACUAAAUCCAGCAGAUGCCUUAUCACGCGGCAUCAAACCAUCUCAAUUGCAAACUCAUAAUUUAUGGUUCUAUGGUCCUAUGUUUUUACAUGGUCGUGAAGAUAUGUGGCCAGAAGAAUUCAAUAAGGCCCUAUGCAAUCAGCCAGACAACGCCGAGUUAAAAAAAACUUCGCAGAAAGUGAUGCUAACAGCAACCGAAGAUGAUACUGAAUGGAUAUACAAGGUAAACCACAGAAAUUCUUUUAACACAUUGCUUCACAUUGUUGGUUAUGUGCUACGGUUCAUAAGGCGUAGUAAGCGACUUCAAUUUAAUAAUCAUACCAAUGAAUUACAUCCGGAAGAGUUAGAAGAAUCACUUAGGUACAUCGUGAAAUGCAUUCAGGCUACUGAAUUCAAGGAAGAGAUAAAUAUGAUAUCGUUCGGGUCGGAGGAAGAUUAG